UUGGGCAGUCAACCAAUGUCCUUGGAAAGCACAACAAAGCACUUGUUCACAGACACAGAACCGUCUCUGCGCGUGGGACGGGACAAAAGAGGGAGCCACCACAGCUAAAGAAGGUCACUAAUAAACAGGUUAAUUUCGUUGCUGAGUUUAUUUCAACCUCUCUGGUCUACAUCUUUACGGAUACAAAGUAAACUCGCAAAACGACGGCGUUUUCGGUACUGCGUUAAGCGCCAACAACCGUCAGUUUUUUUCUUUUACAUUCAGGUCCCUGCCAUCUUUGAGAGAUGUUUGAGAAGCAGCGUUACGACAGCCCUCCCGUCUACAGUCCUCCAUACAGCCCGGAAUCCAAUGGCUACGGCCCCCCACAAAGCUACCACCCGCCCAGGAGUGAGUUUGACCCAUAUCCACCACCACCGGGCUCCUACUACAUGGAAGAGAAGCCCCAACACUUCUACAAGUGGAUCUCUCCUCCUGGCAUCGUCAAGGCCAUGUUUGGCACAAUCAUAGUGCUCUGUGUGGGGAUCUUUGCCUGUGUGGCCUCCACCCUUGUCUGGGACAUGCAGUACGGGAUGGGGGGGAUGGGGGGGAUGGGCUCCUACGGCGGAGGGAUGGGCUACGGUGGCGGUUAUGGGGGAAUGGGCGGCGGCUAUGGCUCCAGCUACGGCUCUGGCUAUGGAGGAGGCUAUGGAGGAGGCUAUGGUAGCUCCUACCCGACACCUUACUCGGCCAAAACAACCAUGAUAGCUAUGGCGGCCAUCAACUUCUUUGUAGCGCUGGGAUUCUUCGUGGCCAGUUUCUCUAAAUCGACCACGUUCAGGAGCAGGAAGUUCUUCCUGGUGGUUCUGGUGGUCAGUGCUAUCAUGGCUGUCAUCCAGGGCAUCAUCACCAUUGUGUACGUCGUAGGGGUGAACCCUAUGGCACAGAGCUCUCAGAACAUGAUGUACAACCCUAUGCUGAUGAUGUGCCAGAACCUGUACGGAAGCAGCUAUUCUAAUAUGGGUGGAGUGGGGGGUUUCGGCAUGUAUAACCAGUACCUCUAUCACUACUGCUACGUGGACCCACAAGAGGGUGUAGCCAUGGUGUGUGGCUUCCUGGUUACCGCUGCCUUGGUCGUGGCUGCUUUCUUCUCCCACAAAACCAGAGGCAAGAUCUGGCGCUACGGCAAGCCCAACAUCUACUGGGAACAGCCCCCUGAGACUGGAGGACUAGUUUCUGAAGGCAGAGAUGUGAAGGACUGGGUGAACAAUGUAGAGGACGGACAAAGUACCCAGGGUGCACCUACUGUGGUGCUGUCAGAGAAGUCCGUCCCCCUCAACGCCUCAGCCAAUAGCAUCAUCUCCUACCCGACCAAGGCUGACAGCAGGGUGUACACUGGAGACACCUACAAUGAUGACGUGUAUUCGGAGCAUCUGGCUAGCCGUCCCUCGGACCAGCCCUCCCAGGGGGCCAGUUCCAGCCCCUCUGAGGAGGCAGGGGGGGUCCGGAAGCCCUCUGCCAACAGGGGGAAGAGGCGCCGGCGCAACCCUGAGCUGGAUGAAUCUCAGUACGAAACAGAGUACACCACGGGAGGAGAGACUGGCAACGAACUGGACCCAGAGGAGUGGGAGAGCGUCUACCCAGAGAUAACGUCAGACAGCCAGCGGCAGGAGUACAAGAGGGAGUUUGAUGCCGACCUGAGGGAGUACAAACACUUGUGUGCUGAGAUGGAUGACAUCAGUGACCAGAUGAACAAACUCAGCAGGCAGCUGGACACACUGGACGAGACCUCCGCCCAGUACCAGGUUGUGGCAGAGGAAUAUAAUCGACUGAAAGACGUUAAGAGGACACCAGACUACCAGGCUAAGAAGCUGGAGUGUCGCAAGUUGAGACACAAACUGUUCCAUGUCAAACGUGUGGUCAAGGCCUACGACAAGAGCCUUUCUUAAAGCCGCGCUCUCCCUCCAACCCUGUCCACCCUCUCCUAUGUCGUCAUGACAACACCACACUCCUGGACUAAGACUAUGCAGAAACACUAAGAUUAUGUAGAAUGUUGAAAACCAAAGCUCCCUUCUUGGCAUUUACACACACACACACACACACACACACACACACACACACACACACACACACACACACACACACACACACACGACAUGGUUAUGUGAUUCCUUCUGCCUCGAUUAAUUUCAGACCAGUUCUCUACUCUAUGUGGAUUGCUUCACAGACACUAUCGUGCACUGUGGCGUUGAAAGACUAUAUUCAUAAUACUUCACACGUAACACAUAGCCCACUAGCACUGCCAUAUUCCUAACUGUGCCUAGUAAGUAACAUUGUUGUACAUGCUUGCCUUGAAACACUGCAGCCUAUUUGACUGGAUGGGUGUGGUUAUAAAAGGUCACUUCAAUGUCGUUUCACCUGAGGUGGUCUGUGAUAAAGGCAUUGGGCCUUUGCUGGUUCCUGUUUGCAUUGUUUUAUCUCCACAGAUAAGGCAGUAUCACUGAGUGUGGAAAAGGGCGAGUCAUGCACCUAACCUACUAGAACAAACCCGUGCUGUGUGCUUCAAGCACUCCACAAAAGAAAGCUACAACACCCACUCUUUUCUCUUACAAAGGACUGAAUUCUACCUUAUAUUAUGACAUUUGGAGGACCUGCAGUAUGUGAACACUCUCGGAGCUGCGUUCGUAAAUUCGGUCUGGCUAUCAACCCCGAUUUCAGAGCACUCUAGUCUGUGUGCCAGAGCGCAAACAACUGACAACUGUUGAACAUGGCUGGUGUCAGUAAACGUCGGUAAAAAAGGCGUAAUUAAAUUGUUGCCAGUAGCACAGUUAGUCACCAACUGGGUAACAUGAAAACAGCCUAACCAGCUCUGCCAGGGCGAGUCAAGUGGUCAGAGUGAGCUGUUCUCUCAUACGUGUCUGGAAGUAGCUAGCAAGCUAGCCAACGUUAGCCAGUUAGUUUGGGAGCUUGACCGCCAUUGCGAGGUCAGAAUACACGGAACAACCGUAGUCCUCGGCCACAGCGUCCAGUGUGCUUCUCUGAACGCUCCGACGAGAGCGAAACGCUCAGAAUGUACGAACUGACACUCUUGACAACACCGCACUCUGAACGUACUCGGGCAUUCCAGAUUGAAUUUACGAACACACCCUCUGUGGUGUAUUGCCAUGACAACCUCAAUGUUAUGUUUGAGAAAAGUAGGGCUAUGUUUGCAACAUUGUCAGUGAAAUUAGUAUUGUACUGUGUCUGCAGAUAAUUUCCAAUAUCACCAUCUAGACUUCUUCUAAAUAUGUUGUCCAUUGUGAUUAACUGUAUAUUUUGUAUAUAUUUUGGAGUUAAACAGGAUUUAAAUGGUGAAGUAUUUACUAAUAACACAGGAUCAAGAGGAACAAAACGCUUUGUAUUUGUCCUAGGCAUUCUUCAUGUUAGGAGCCGUCUAUCUGAAUUCAUACCACGUUAACGAGCCAGUCAGAACUAGGAAACGCGGACAUUUCCGACUUGCUAACUGGUUGAACGUGGCACGUGUAUAACUUCAACCAGUUAGCAAGUCGGACAUUUCUGAGUUUCCUAGUUCCGAUGAGUACAUGAACGCGGCGAUAUAGUGACAUUUUGUACUUACUGAAGAGACAAAUGAACUGUUGUCCAGGGUGUUUUCUCAGUGGUCAUUCACAAUGCACUGAUGCUAUGCACAUAUUAACCAAUGACAGGUGCAGUAUUUUACGAACAAUAUUUGUCUCAUCAUGUGCUCUUUAAACACUGUGGGAAGCAUGCAUCAAUGUGGGAAAUACAGUAUAUCAAUAAGCUCAACUCUGAUUUGAUUUCUCUGCUGUGAUAUAAUGAUUAUGAUUAUGUGUUGUUGUCACUGCUCCGCUAAUACACACCUUCUGCAAGGGAAUGCUUCUCAAUGUCAGUUCAAUUAUUUACAGCUAUUUGGAUUAUUUGUUAUUCAUUUCUAUUUUCUGUGAUUGAACUGAGGUUUUUGAAGAACAGAUUUUUGUCUUCUCCCUGUUUGAGUCCUUUAUUUUUAUAUGCAUUUAUUUCCUUUCAUGUUACUGUAAAAUCUCUUGUAAAAAGGCAUAAUUUCUAAAACGUAUUGAUUGCCAUGAAAAAAAUAAACUUCUGUAAUUCUGUAACAACGGUAAUGUAACAAA